AUGGCGGAUCAAGACGGAGACGGCCCUCAGCCGUAUGCCGCAUACCUGCGGACCGUUGUCCAAAAGGGCCUCUUGGCCGGCGAGUUGCCUAUCGUGACGACGAACCCAAGCUGGCUGGAAGAGCAAGCCAAGAAGAAGAUGAACCGGGCGGGCUUUGAGUACAUCCUUGGCGGAGCGGGAGAGUCGUCGACCAUGGAUGCGAAUCGGCUCGCCUUCCGCCAGUGGAAGAUUGUUCCUCGCGUGUUGAAGCCCACGACGCCUCGCGAUCUGAGUGUCACCCUCUUUGGCCACAAGUAUGACGUCCCGGUGUUGAUGGCUCCUGUAGGCGUUAAUUCGCUAUUUCACAAAGACAAAGAGAUUGGUGUUGCCCAAGCCUGUGCUGCGUUAAACGUCCCAUUCACCAUGAGCACAGUCGCUCAAACCACAAUUGAAGACAUUGCAGCCGCAGUCCCAGACUCGCCAAAAUGGUUCCAGCUCUACUGGCCCAGCGACGAGGAAACCACCGCUUCUCUCCUGAAGAGGGCCAAGGACAAUGGCUUCACAGCACUCGUCGUCACCCUAGACACGUGGACGCUCGCGUGGAGGCCGCACGACCUGGAUUCUGCCAACCUCCCCUUCCUCCUCGGCGAAGGCUGCGCAAACGGCUUUGCAGAUCCUGUAGUUAGGCGCAAGUUUGCAGAGAUGAGCGACGGCGGCACUCCCGAGGAUAAUAUCGUGCAGGCCUCGGUCUACUGGAUCGGAGAGGCUUUCCCCGGAAGCUCUCACUCUUGGGGAGACAUCAAGAUUUUGAAAAAGUACUGGGACGGGCCCAUCAUUCUCAAGGGGAUCCUCAGCGUCGAAGAUGCCGAGCUGGCUGCUGAGCAUGGCGUCGACGGAAUCAUCGUCAGCAACCACGGCGGCCGCCAACUCGACGGCGCUGUGGCGACUCUGGACGUGCUCCCGGAGAUUGUCGACGCCGUCGGCUCCAGGGUGACUGUCAUGAUGGACUCUGGCAUCCGUACUGGUGCCGACAUCGUCAAGGCUCUUGCGCUGGGAGCGAAGGCGGUCCUUGUUGGGAGGCCGGUGGUUUAUGGACUGGGCAUCAACGGCAAGGAAGGGGCUGAGGCAGUGCUCGCUGGACUGCUGGCUGAUUUGGAUUUGACCAUGGGCUUUGCUGGGGCGAAACGCGUUGCCGACUUGAAGAGGUCGCUGCUGCGGAGGGUCAAGUAUCCUGGAGAUGUCAGGUCGAAUCUAUGA